GAGGAGGCGGAGGAGGAGGAGGAUGUGAAGAUGGCGGAGCUGCAGAUGCUGCUGGAGGAGGAAAUCCCGGGGGGCCGCCGGGCCCUCUUCGACAGCUACACGAACCUGGAGCGGGUGGCCGACUACUGCGAGAGCAACUACAUCCAGUCAGCAGAUAAACAGCGAGCUCUAGAGGAAACCAAAGCCUACACCACCCAGUCAUUAGCAAGCGUUGCCUACCUGAUAAACACCUUGGCCAACAAUGUCCUGCAGAUGCUGGAUAUCCAGGCAUCCCAGUUACGAAGGAUGGAGUCUUCAAUCAAUCACAUUUCACAAACAGUUGAUAUUCAUAAAGAGAAAGUUGCAAGAAGAGAAAUUGGUAUUUUAACUACCAAUAAAAACACUUCAAGGACACACAAGAUUAUUGCUCCAGCCAACCUUGAACGACCAGUUCGUUAUAUUAGAAAACCUAUUGACUAUACAAUUCUAGAUGACAUUGGACAUGGAGUAAAGUGGUUGCUUAGAUUUAAGGUGAGUACCCAGAACAUGAAGAUGGGUGGGCUGCCGCGCACAACACCUCCAACUCAGAAGCCACCCAGCCCCCCUGUGUCAGGGAAGGGGACACUUGGGCGGCACUCCCCCUAUCGCACACUGGAGCCAGUGCGUCCUCCAGUGGUACCAAAUGAUUACGUACCUAGCCCAACCCGUAAUAUGGCUCCCUCGCAGCAGAGCCCUGUGAGGACAGCUUCUGUGAAUCAAAGAAAUCGAACCUACAGCAGCAGUGGGAGUAGUGGAGGAAGCCACCCCAGCAGUCGGAGCAGCAGUCGGGAGAACAGUGGAAGUGGGAGCGUGGGGGUCCCUAUUGCUGUCCCCACGCCGUCUCCUCCCAGUGUCUUUCCAGCCCCCGCUGGCUCUGCCGGCACUCCUCCCCUGCCUGCUACUUCCGCCUCUGCCCCUACCCCUCUCGCUCCUGCGGCCGCCCCCUCCUCCGCCGCCCCAGACGCCGCUGCUGGGGGCGCCCAGACCCUGGCUGAUGGCUUCACUUCUCCAGCUCCCCCUGUUUCUUCCAAUCCACCUACCGGCCAUCCUGUUCAGUUCUACAGUAUGAACAGGCCUGCCUCUCGCCACAUGCCCCCGACCAUCGGGGGCUCCCUGCCCUACCGACGCCCUCCCUCUGUAACCUCACAAGCCAGCCUUCAGAACCAGAUGAAUGGUGGACCUUUUUAUAGCCAGAAUCCAGUAUCUCUUGCUCCUCCUCCUCCCUCCAUCCUACAGGUAACUCCUCAGUUACCUUUAAUGGGAUUUGUGGCCAGAGUCCAAGAAAAUAUUUCAGAUGCACCACCUCCACCACCCCCUGCGGAGGAGCAGGUCUUUGAUGAGUCACCACCCCCGCCCCCUCCCCCGGAGGAUUACGAUGAGGAGGAGGCCGCUGUGGUCGAGUAUAGUGACCCCUAUGCUGAAGAGGACCCGCCCUGGGCGCCAAGGGCCUACUUGGAAAAGGUCGUGGCUAUUUAUGAUUAUACAAAAGACAAGGAAGAUGAGCUGUCCUUUCAGGAAGGAGCCAUUAUUUAUGUCAUCAAGAAGAAUGACGACGGUUGGUAUGAGGGAGUUAUGAAUGGAGUGACUGGGCUCUUUCCUGGGAACUAUGUCGAAUCUAUCAUGCAUUAUUCUGAGUAAAGCUCAGCAGGGCUGCACUUUCCUCCCAGAAACAGUCAGGUCUUCCCAGACUGUGAAGGCCCUGGGGAUUUCCCUUCAGUGAAGUAGAAUGAAGGAUGCAAAUGAUAAAAACUACUUAUUUUGUUUUUUUGGUUUAUUCUCCAGUAUUAAAACAAAAACAAAAAACCAAGCCAAGUCUGAACAAAUGGAUCUUUCUGCCAUCAUUUGUACUAUGCUGAGCUGUCUGGAUUGAAAUAAAGUGACCAUUUCUGAAUAUGUCAAAGGUAUAACAACAAACCAUAUAGCUUAAAUAAAUCAGAUUAAGACUGAUCCAGGAAAAAAUCCAGGAUCUUUCUCAGGAAUACUGUACACCCUUGGAAUUUCCCUUCCUGCAAAAUCUGUGGCAGUGAACCUUCUCCACUGCCUGUGCUAAGUAAGGGGUUAACCUCAUGGCCCAGUGGGUAGCCUACCCCUCAUUUUCUUCCACUUGUACGAAGAGGAGGAAACUGAUAUUUAAAUACUAUACUUAACUAUUUUUACAAUUGUUUCAGAUGGCUUUUUUCCUCUUCAACACUGUAAAUUCUGCAUUUUCUCAGUACUUGAGUGUGCCAGACGAGUUAACGCUGAACUCGCUUGCAUCUGAUCAUGUUUCUGUUUGUAGAUAUAGGAUGAUGACGUGUGAGUCUCCAAACAUUGUGAGAUGGUUAACAGUGGCCACAGCUUGAUUUUGAUGUGCUGCUGCAUGAGACUGCACUGGCACUCACGGUCAGCGGACCAGCUGUGAAAUGUGGUAGGCUGGCUUGUGUGUGGAGUUGGUGUGUGAAGCUAGACACAAAGGUCUUGAGUUUCUGAGGGAGGAAGCUAGGAACAUGCCCUGCAGCAGGCCUGCUGAAUCCUUGCCUUCAGUGCUGCCUCAAAGAUGGCUCUUGCAGGUCAGACCAACUAACUAGUACUCCUUUUGCUUUUUAGAAAAACACUAGUUUUUGUUUUGAAAGAAUAGCAGUUAUUUUCAAGUGUCUUUUGACAGUCACUGGGAUUACAAGGCUGCUAAUGUGCUCUCUGAAUGUUACUAAUGGCCAGUGUUAGCUGCUGCUGACUCAUCCCCCACUGAGCUCUAGAAAAGGUAAAUACUUGUCUGAUUUUGUGUGACUGAACUCUACAGUAGCUGCUCUUAGUAAGAAUUUGAACCUUGUAUCUCAGAAUAAGACUAUUGUGGAAUAGGAUUAAUAUGCCAAAAUACUUUUAUAGUUACAUUGAUAAAAGAACUUUGAGAGAAACAAUGAACAUCUCCUUUUGUGUAUGACACCUUCAACUCAGUGGAAUUUGUAGGUCUAAUGGCUUUAAUUAUUCCCUUUGUAAUCCAUAUUAAAUACUGGAAAAAUCCCGGAGGUGGUAGGUGCUCAGUAGGUGAAUAUGAUGAUGGUGGGCCAGCCAGGGGCAGGUCCAGAGCUGCCAGUGUGGCUUCUUCCUAAUCUAGCAAUGUGGCCAGAUAGUGUCACCAGGUAACCUCCCCUGGCGACAGAGGGAGAGGCAAUAGCUGCAUAUGUUUCAAAUGGAGGCCUUGAGCAUUAUGGUAGUGUAGCUAAAGUUGGUGGGGAAAGGAAUGUGUGUAGCAGUGCAUGAAGAAACGCAGGUGGUAUAGGCAGAGUUCAUAUUCUACUUGUGGAUCUGUUACCAAAGCAUAAAACUUCACCACCAUUCAACUGAGACCCAGCUAUAGAGUUUGCUUAAACAAAACAAGAACCGUUACAGCUUGGCAGAUUUGCUUUUAGAUAAUGGCCCUUAAAAUGUUCUCUGAGCCUUUAACGCCAUUAACCCAAACAAGACUAUACUUGGGUAGGUUAAAAUCUUAGUACUAGUGCACAACUAGGAAAACGUUUGAAACCAGUAGUUUUAAUGAUUUAAGUAACUUUUUUCUGAGAAAGUGUAGUGGAUUAAUAGACAGAGGGUGCUUCAGAAUCCAGUAGCUCCAGUAGGUCACCACCACCAGAGAGCAGCGACAGUGGCGGAAAGCAGAGCUGGUGGCCUCGCCUUACGUGCGCGCCUCACCCACUGGACCCUUGCUGCCUCCAGGUGCACUGAGGACGCUGGUGAAGCCCUCGGUGAAGACUGCAGUGGGGGUCCCAUGGGUCAGCUAAUUUUUUAUUAUUUAGUACUAAUAUGUGUGAUUUUGGGGGGCUAUAUUUUAAAUUUUUGUACAGUUUUAAAUUCUACAGAUUGUCUUUGAAGGAUACUAUGAAGUAAUUGAGCCAGGCCUACCAUAAUUGGAGACUUUAGUGUAUGUAAUAUCACUUAGAUUGCAUGCUAAUAGUCUGUGAGGGUAGUAUUUCCUGUUUUAUUGUAAGUUUCUCCCAUUUAUCUUAUAAAGUAAAAGAUGGUAUUAGGAAUUUCAAAUGAAUUCAGAUCUUAGAUGCUGCAAAGAUGUAUUAAUAUUGUAGCAAAGACGAUCUUCGACUAAAAUCUGCUGACCAUUAAGUCACCAUUUUACCGGGAUAGAGAGAAUUUAAUGAGGCUGUUCUUUCUUCUGCAAGUGUUUCUGACUGUGGCCACUCUUUUUCCCUUCAAAAAAAAGUGGAGUGAGUAAAUAAUUAUCCCUUUGGGAUAUUAAUAUUUGAAAGUUUGUUAUGUUUGACCAUGGACAAGGUAAUAAACUGGAAACAAAAACAAUGCCCGUGUUUCAAAAAUCUAGACCUGAAGAGAUUGAGGAUACUGUUUAGAAUAAAUAUAAAUCUUUGAAAAUGUCUCUUUGGUAUUUUCCAUGUUUUGGCCACUUCCUUUUUAUCUUCCUCAGAGGAACCUGCGGUUCCCAUCUUGGGGCUGGGAAGAGACUGUUGAUUUUGCUGUGUUCCUAACUCAGUAGGUGGGACACUCCCAUCUCCCUUUUUCCUUCCUGGUACUGCUACUGUUCAUUGCCCAGCUAGAGAAAAUAUUUUGUGCAUCUUCACAGUGAUACCUGUAACAUAGCUGUUCUCCUUUGCAGUUUGAUGAUGUUGAUUCAAGGUUAAGAUUUCUCUCUUUGGGAGGCAUAAAAAUGAUGGUCAUUUGCCUUUAUCUUUUUGCUUUCUGUUUUAGCAGAUGACCUUUCUGCCUUGAGCCCUGUUCUCUGACCUUGCAUUACCCUUCCUCCUUGAGAAAGCAUGGCAUGUCUUAGAGGCCACCUUCACUUCUGAAAAGGGUUUGAUGGAGGAAUUGGCAGGUGACUGCCAAGUCUUUCAAAGAAUGGGGAUCUAUUCAUUUUUUAACUUCUUUGGACCCUGGUUGUUAGGGUGAUAAUUUUCCCCACAUGACGUUGGUAGAAUCAUAGAACUUUAGAGCAAGACUUUUGGUUUAGUCUCAUUUGACAGAUGAGGUUAGAUGCUUUGUUUCAGAAGAACAUUUAGGUAAUAACACAGUUCCUGACUCAAUGCUUAGUAUUCUUUCCACUGAACCACAACUGUCUUAACUAAAUGUGCUAUAUUUUCUUUGAAAAUUAGUUUUACUUGAUGUUUUUAAGAGUAUACUUGAAAAGAUAUGCCAUGGUUUGAUAAGUAACCAUCUGAGUAUUCAGACUAAAAGUGUAUUAAGUGUAACCUUAAUCAGUGCAAAUAAUCUUCAUUAACCUGUCCUAAGACUGCACUCCACAUGCCCUCUUCCCGUAAAGGUAAAGAAGAGUGCACUGCCACUGUCCGACACUGGCGGCGCCGCAGAGUGAGCAGCCUUGUCUAAGAGAGCGUUACAAAGACAAGUUACUAAAUGGAGGCAUUGAGCUCAUUACCUUUAAGUUUAUGCUGAUCUUUGUUUUAUUGAGAAUCUGUAUUAAAUGAUGAAUGAAAUGACAGGGCCUAGCUGUGUAUAAAUGAUCCUUGCUAAAUAUCUUAAGGUUUUUUGUAAAAACAAAAACAAGAAGCUUAUUUUCACAUUAAAAUGAAACCUCUUUUGCAACUUCAGAAUUCUAUGGAAAAGCAGUUUUUAUCAUAUUUGUGUCCAUGUAUCUUUUUUCUUAAGAAAACGGUUUACAAAAAAGAAUGUAAACAGUUCGCGAUCUGGCCAGUUGUAUUUUUCAGCUCCCAGAGGGAGAGUUGGUGAUGUUGAGUAAAACCAUUCAGGAAACUUGAGGGGAGCAGUCUGUUGCCAGUCAUGUUUGUGUGUGCCAUUAAACCGCCUCCAGACAUUGGGGGGGACAUUGACUUUUUAAUUCUAUUGGAAUUAAUUAUUGCUGUGUACUAAGAACUUGACCUAAAUAAAAUCACACAAAGCGUA